UGAUCGAACUGAUGCUGAUAUAUCCACAGUCCAGUCCUCUGGACACUCCAGUCCAGUUAGUGGCGGUAAUGCUUUAUUAAACUGCCAAAACCCCAGAAGAAGAAUGAGAUUAUGGCUCUGCGUUUCAAACGAAAGGAUCUCACUGAUGAUUCUGUCAUCGCUGUGUGUGAGAUCGCGACGGGCGCGUGCACAGGUGCUUUAUGGCUCAUGAUGCUGAUGGGUUUACUUUUCCUGGGGAAACAAAAUGGAAUCAAUACGACUUUUUCUCUGUUACAUUUAUUUGCACGUAGCCAAUGUCCAGUGCGGAAUGAAGAGCAAACCUGGAAAAGAGACCGUCCGAACUCAGAGAUCUGGACAGACACUGAAGAACCAGAUGAAUCUAAAGACUGGUUUAUGCAUCUGGUUUAUACUCUGUCAAACUGCACAAGAUCCAAAUGUGACAACCUCCAUACACUACAGAGGAGAAUCGGCUGCGAGGUGGAUGCAGGGAUGAAUGUAAAAGCGUUUGAUGAGUACAGAUAUGAUGGAGAGGAUUUUAUUGCCUUUAAUUCUGACACGAGGCAGUGGACGGAGAAACAUCCAAAGGCAAUAGAAACCAAAAUGAAUUGGGACGCUGACAAACGACAUAAUCUGUAUCUCCAGUCAUUCCUCGAGACGUGCAAGGACUGGAUCUCCACGUUUAAUGACUCCAUAAGCAAUGCUCUAGAUGUUCACAUGUUUGCGUCUGAAGCUCCUCAUGACCGAAGCAAGCUGAAUCUGAGCUGUCUGGCCACCGGCUUCUACCCCAAACACAUCGAGAUGAAGAUCACACUGAACGGCAGAAACCUCGAAGCCUUCAGCUCUACAGGAGUCAGACCGAAUGAUGACGAGAGCUUUCAGAUGAGAAUCAGUGUGGAGAUUCACAGAGACGAAGAAGAGAGUUACGAGUGUCACGUCUCUCACAGCAGUCAGACACAGACACUUAUAAUAAAAUGGGGUGAAAAACACACUAAUAGCAGUGAAGAAUCUCGAAGGCAUGAUUUGGCAGUAACUGCAGCUGUCUUUGCUCUGAUCGUUUUUAAUGUGUUUCUAUGGUGUUUCUGCACAGGAACGGCACACAAAGAGUUAAAUGGCCAGAUGAACUUUAAUGGCUCUAGCAGAAGAGAGAACGUCAUCUCAGGGUCACCAGAACUACGGAAGCCUGUUGAACCAAACCGGUUUCAGUGGCUACUCGGGCCGAAGAAUGUGUGUUCAUGUACGUCAGUGAAGCCAGAAGAGGAUCUUCCUACAUUUAUGAGGUUCUUUCAUGAAAACACAUCUCAGGGUUUCAAAAUUAGAAUUUCAUUUCACCGCUCUGAUCAGACCAAAUAAUUUGUUCGCUUUAGUGGUCAAUAUAUUAGUUUUUUUGUUGUUUUAUAUGGAGCCAGUUGUACCAGUGCCAUUGAAAUAUUUAGAAAGGCCUCCGACCAGGACCAUGUAUGAUAUUUCUGUUUGCAUGCAUUUACAUUUUAAGAAAGAACAAGAAAGAACAUGUGAAUAACUGACUUGUAAGCGGCUCUUCAGCACAAAAGCGAUCCUUGCCAAAGUUCAACAGUGAAAACGAUAGUGUUGCUCCAGGUACAGCAGGAAAACCACUUUAAUGGUCCAGCAAAUUAAGUACAAAACUAGUUACAAACAAACCUGAUCUGUUCUGUUCUGUGCACUUUAACCCUAUAACCGUAUUCUGGACAAAUGUGGGCAAAAUAGUUUUGAUUUA